AUGAACUACAUUAGCAACAGCAGCCCGGCCUCAGGUCUGACCUUCAGCCCCACCAUGGACUCUGUGACCUGGGUCUACUUUUCGGUGACAUUUCUUGCCAUGGUUACCUGUGUUUUGGGCAUGGCAGGCAACAGUGUGGUGAUGUGGCUGCUGAGCUUCCGUGUGCAGAGGUCCCCCUUCUGUGUGUACGUUCUCAACCUGGCGGUGGCUGACCUCCUCUUCCUGUUCUGCAUGGCGUCCAUGCUCGGCCUGGAAACAAGGCUCCUGCUCCCAGCCAGCACCUCCACCAAAAUCUACGAGGGAGUGAGGAGAAUCAAGUACUUUGCCUACACUGCCGGCCUGAGUUUGCUGACGGCCAUCAGCACCCUGCGCUGCCUCUCUGUGCUUUUCCCCAUCUGGUAUAAGUGCCACCAGCCCCAGCACCUGUCAGCGGCAGUGUGUGGUGUGCUCUGGGUACUGGCCCUGCUGAUGAACUUCCUGGCUUCAUUCUUCUGCGUCCAGUUCUGGCAUCCCAGCAAGGAGCUGUGCUUCAUGAUGGACAUGGUGGUCAGUAGUAUUAUCCUGGGGAUUUUCAUGCCCAUCAUGAUCCUGUCCAGCACCAUUCUCCUCAUCCGGGUACGGAAGAACACCCUGCUGCGGAGACGGCGGCCCCGUCGGCUGUUUGUGGUCAUCCUGGCUUCUGUCUUCGUGUUCCUCACCUGCUCGUUGCCCCUGGGCUUCUACUGGUUCUUUCUCUACUGGGAGGAGCUGCCACAGAACGUGGUCUCCCUGUAUAUCUGCUUGUCACGCUUCUCUUCGUGCUUGAGCAGCAGCGCCAACCCAGUCAUCUACUUCCUUGUGGGCAGCCAGAAGAGCCACCGGCUGCAGGACUCCCUGGGCGCUGUGCUGGGGCGGGCGCUUCGGGACGAGCCUGAGCCAGAGGGCAGGGAAACACCGUCCAUGUGCACCAAUGAUGAGGUCUAAAGGCAGCCCACCUAAGGCCUCCCUGCCAGCCCCUCCCAGCCUUUCCCUAUGAGUAUUCCACUGGCCUUCAGUGGGUGGCCUAAAAGGUCUUGCAGCUCACCAUUUGGGGUCACUUUCCUCUUUGCCAAAGGGCUCACCACUGUCACCUUGUGUUCCUAAUCUAAACUGGGAGAUGAGGCAACAUUUCUUUCCAUUUCACCUGUUUAGACACAGAUCCUAGCUUUAGGCUCCAUCUUGUGCAAGGUUGUCUGGGAAAUAGAGUCUCCAGGUGGAGACAGCUGCUCGUGUGGGUGGAAAAGGUCAGUCUUAGCCACCUUAUCUGUUUGAGAUGGCAGCAAUCCUACUUUGAUUUCAGUUGUUGGGAGAAAUUCCCUAACAAAAAGCAAGACGGGGAGAAACAGUUUAUUUGACUUACAACUGCAGAUCACAACCCAUCAUUUCAGGGAAAUCAAGGCAAGAAUUAAAGCAGAUAGGGAUGUCAUGUCAAGAGGAAAAAAAAGAAAGAAAGGAGAGAGGGGAGAGAGAGAGAGAGCAAGCAAAUGCAUUUAUCCAUCCCUGCUUGCUUACUCUCAGCUAGCUUUUUUCUCUCUUAGUCUGUCUAGAACUCUCUGCCUGGGGAAUGGUGUUGCCCACAGUGGUGUGUCAAUCAACAAUCAAGACAAUCCCUCAGAGACAUGCCCAAAAGCUAACCUGAUCUAGUUAAUUCUUCACUGAGGCUUUCUCCCUAAGUGAUUCUAGGUUGUGCUGGGUUGACAGUUAAAGCUAAACAACACAGCACCUUGGACUUGGGGGGUAUACUGGUGACGCCACUCCGUGCUCAAAGCGCUAGCUCUGAUGCACUUGUCAUUGAGUGUGCCUGCAGCAGAUUGUGUGACUUUUCCUGGGGUGACAUGGACACACAUCUACACAUCCCAGACGGGGCACUGAUGACAGACCAAGGAACAAUCCCAUCCAAUCCCAGUCUGAUGAUCCAGUGAGUUAUUGGCUCACAGAAGUGUGGAUCAGAGGUUACUGAUAGAAAUGUAGGCGACCCUAAAACAGCAACAUCUCUGAAAAGUCCCACCCUAGCAUGGAUGACAACUCCCAGAGGCUGUGCAGGUGGAGGGCUCCCUUACUAACUAUCCUCCUCAUGCUAAAAUCUCCCCAAACCAAAAGCAGCUGGCGUGGUGUUAUCUCCAGUGGAGGGGAGGCACAGGAGGAGGGGGAGGAGUCUCAGACUCUUCUACCCUCUUUUCUUGAGAGGACCCCCACCGGCUUCUUCAUGAAGUUCUCUGAGGGAGCUUACAACUGCUUAGUCAUGGUGGCAAUGGUUGUGACUGAUAACCAGUGAACAGAACUCCACAGGUCAGCCAGCUGUGUCACCGUCUCUGACCACAUCUCACUGCCCUCUUCCCCCACUUGACCCCUGGCUCACCCGCAGGCUCUGACUUGACCUGUGGUGUCCUCUUGUAUCCCUAGUUCCCUGACAGGCCCAUAGACUUUUCCCCAAGAUGCCUGCACUGGUUGGCCUUGAAGCAGCAAAGGACAGAAACCUGGCAGUCAGAGGUUGGGAGGAAGGAGAGAGGGACAAGAUGGAAAGAGGUUGCUGA